AUGAUGGAUGUGGAGCGCGCCCGGAGCCGCCGGGAGAGGACAUUUGUUGGGAGCGAGUGCGCGGUCUGUGAGGAGCCGCUGGAACACACACUUCGUGGAGAGCGGGUGAUUCAACUCUCUUGCGCGCAUGUCUCUCACGAAGCCUGCUUCUACGAAUACAUGAAAGAAUUCGACAGCCAGUACUGCCCGACAUGUAAUGCACCGCUCGGGCUAGAUAGCAACCGAGGUGGAAGUGUCUUGGACCUUGCGAAAAUAAGCAAAAUAGUUCGCGCCGCUUCGGUCAGCGAGCCGACGACACGGCUUAAUAGCCCCAAUAAUGCUGCGCCGACGCCUUGGGACCUGGGAAACCGCAUAAGCCAAGCGACGAACGAUUACUCAUCUCACUCAAUGUCUCACGAGAGUCAACAGUCACGACGUCGUGAUUUCAGGGAUUCGAAUGUUCAGCGCGAGAGAAUCGAGCGCAUGGUCGCACCUUUGCGACCCAAUCAUACGCGCAAUAUUAGUGAGGCUACCGGCACUGGCGCAUCGGUCGAGUAUGCGAGCAUCGGAAGAAGACAUGACUACGAUGUGCAAGCGAUGGAAUCGGCUCUCAGUCCGCGCCAGGGCUCGAUGAAAAAUCCAAUACCCUCGCCAGUAGUCACAGUGCGCAGCGAAUUUCCGACUCUGAACCGUUCGCGACAGCAACAGUCUCUCACGUGCCUGGUUACAAUUGAGGUUCCUGUAGGGAAAUGGCAGCCGGAUCUAGAAACUAUGCGGCUUGCUCCACCAACACCCGCGUUGCCUCGGGAGGAACUCCAGAGUCCAAUGAAGCCUGCACAGGCAAGCCAAAGCCCAAACCGUUCACAGUAUGACAUGCAGGAGGAUCUCGAUGAGAUUGCGGAAGAUCUGCGCACACGUGUCGAUAACUGGCAUGGCCUGGAAUUUGAUCGAUUCGGCAAACUCAGGCUGCAGGGUAGACUAAAGGUCGGCAAAGAUCGAAGAUCUUGGCAGGAACUAGAGUGCUUUCUAUUCUCGGAGAUGCUCAUUUGUAUAAAGGAGAAGAAGCCCCCAAGCCAGCACCAAUUCGACGAUAAUAGCGUUAAUACCAAGUCUCCGCGGUGUGCGUUGAAGGGUUCUAUACUUAUCAAAAAACACUUAAGAGAGGUUGAAACAGUGCCUGAUGAACCCGUUUUGACUUUAAAUCUCUCCGUGAACGAACUGCCUUGUUUCCAUCUCCGAUUCCAGCAUCGUAACCAGCUCGAGAUUUGGAAGAGGGCUUUGCUGGAUUUGCAUCACCCAGAGACUCCUGCACGGAAUCCCGAUUAUGAUUUGGAAAAUUCUAGCCCUGAAGAUGAAGACUACAGAGCCUCCAAAAAUCCUAAGAGGGUGUCGUCAACUACUUCCUCCUAUGGCGCUGGAAAAUCGAACGCUACCGCAAUUACUGAUUAUACAAACCCGCUUCGAGAUACUAGACCAAGCAGCUUCCAUGUUCCCCUAGACAUUGUCGUUGUGAUUCCUGUUUCUUCCUCAAUGCAGGGGUUGAAGAUUACACUUUUACGCGACACCCUCCGGUUCCUUGUCCAGAAUCUUGGACCUCGCGAUCGGAUGGGGCUGGUGACAUUUGGGUCUAGUGGUGGCGGAGUGCCCCUUGUUGGCAUGACCUCGAAUUCCUGGAAUGGGUGGAAUAACGUCUUCAACUCUAUUCGACCCGUAGGCCAGAAAAGCCUUCGGGCGGACCUUAUCGAGGGUGCAAACGUGGCGAUGGACUUACUGAUGCAGCGCAAAUCAAGCAAUCCUCUCUCGUCGAUAUUGUUGAUCAGCGACUCGUCGACAUCAGAGCCAGAGAGUGUUGACUUUGUCAUUUCCCGUGCCGAAGCUGCCAAAGUUGGCAUCUACACUUUCGGCCUCGGGAUGACACACAAGCCCGAUACCAUGAUUGAGUUGUCCACUCGUACCAAGGCAUGCUACAUGUAUGUCAAGGACUGGAUGAUGCUGCGAGAAUGCGUUGCUGGGUGUUUGGGCUCGUUACAGACGACUUCGCAUCAGAAUGUGAAACUCGAGCUGCGCCUGCCGGAAGGAUCUCCCGCGAGGUUCGUGAAAAUUAGCGGCGCGCUGAGCACUACGAAACGUGCGACCGGAAGGGAUGCGGAGGCGGUUUUGGGGGAUUUAAGGUUUGGGGACAAGAGAGACGUUUUGGUUCAACUGGCGAUCUCUCCUGACAGUGCCUCCCCUGACCACGUACCCCAAGAUCCCUGGGAGACGAUUGUGUCAGGACUCGAAGCUCUCGGGGGUCCUCUCGAUGGGGAGGAUCAACGUGUCGUAAGCGUCGAGGAAGUGCCAUUGCUCCAGGCGGACGUUACAUACGGCGAUAUCCUACGUGAAGGCCAUCUCACUCGGUCUCCCCGCCCAUCCCUGCUUGCGAUAACGAUGCUUCCCGCGCCGCCUAAAGCAAAGCAUAUCGGACGACCAAUCACUCCUCCGAUUCCUCCCCAUCCUUCCAUCGUCCAAAGGCGAAUGGAACUACUUACCUCCGAUAUGCUGCUGCGCGCUCUGACUUUGGUAUCGCGUGGUCAACAGGACCGUGCGCAUCAUCUUCUCACUGAGACGCGGAGUAUUCUUAAAGGGCUUGGAAAAGGUAGCCUCCCUCCUCUCCCACCCAGCGCCACCAUCAAACACUCCCACGGGCCAAGUACCAGUAGCAGCAUCGACACCAAUUCCCCUGCUUCUCUCUCGCCGCGUUCUUCUGAAGCUCCUGAAGGUAGCCGCCACUCAUCCCAUAGCUCUGAGGCCGCGACAAUCACCCCGGUUGCCGUUGUUGACUGCAACACUUUCUCUGCUCUCGACGCAGAUCUGGAAGCGGCCUUGGAGUGGAUUGGUCACCCUGCUGUUUUUGGGCGCGACUCGCGCAAAGCGGUGUUGCAGGCUAUUGGUGUGAUUUCGUCUCAGCGGGCGUAUACGUUCCGCACUCCGUCCGAGGUGCAGUGGGCGGACAGAAUAGCAGGUAUUAAACGGCUCACGGAACGAUCGCGUGACUGGCGCGAAGCUGGGGAUGAGUCGCUCACUGAAGAGUAA